GUGGUGUACACGCUCACAUAUUGCACGUAACACACCGUUCCAACAAAUUUCCCUUUUAUAUUUUUCCGCCUUUUUCUCCAAUUGGCUUAUUUCCCUUUCUCGAUCUCCCACAUUCGAUCAUCAGUAAAAUAUGAACCCAUACAUGUCAAUUCACUGAGUCUUCCUCCACUUGCUUUUUCUUUGUCCGAGCUGAUUCCGAGUUGUUCACUCGCUCAUCUCUCGGCGAUGAAGAGCGGCCUCGAAGUUUUCGAUUUUAAGGAAGAAGACGAGCUCACUGAAUAUUCAGCUGGUAAAAUGCUCGGCAGGUUCAAAAACCCUAGCCACGACAAUCCCGCUUUUUCGAAGUCCGACUUCCUUGAAUGCGUAGCCCAGGGAUCUGCUCUUGAAAAAGAGGAAAGUGGCACCAUAACUUGUGUAGAUGUUGAUGCCAUUGAACAUGGUAAUAAUCCUUGCAAUGCUACUGCAUGCGCCCCUUUGGAAGCAGUUAGACAGGAAUCUACCGCCAAAGAAGACAAUUCUCACCCAGAUGCUGCUUUUCAGUCCGAAUCUCUGAAUCAUGUAAAAGACUCUUGUGCAAAGAUGGAUAAUAAUGAAUCCAAAAGCUCCUUUACUGAACAGGAGGGAAAGGCUUUAUGCUGUGAAGCAUCUUCACCUGGGAAAAGCCUAUCUAAUUGUGCCCUUGCAGCCUCUCCAUCUCAUACCAUGCAGAGUGAACCAGUGGUCAAUGUAAAAUCCGAUGCUGAUGCAAGCAUGAACAAGAGUUCUCCAUCAACUCCUGCUUCUGAUAUUGCAGAGAAUGGUGCUAUUUUAAAUGGUCACUCAGCAAACAAUAAUUUCAGUGCAUCAAAAAUGGAUGUCAUAAAUAUUACAGUUGAUUAUGUUACAUAUCGUGAUAAUUACUGGACCGGUUGCCUGGUAACUUUUUCUUGGGAUGGCAUUAAGAUAAGUGGUAUUCCUGCAAAUGGAGACCAGGGAACCUUUAGCUUUGAAAGAGGAAUUGAUGAUAUUAUUCGUAUCGAGUCUCGGCAUCUUCAAAGGUUUAGAGCUGUCACUGUGAAGCUCCACUUGCUAUCGAAGGAUGCUGCACAAGCAACUAAUGCCUAUGGGGUUGAGCAGCUGGAGUUUGCAGUUGCUGAGCCAAACUGCUCUAGGAAAUUGGAAGAGAUUGCAUCUCUAAAUGUUAAAUAUUUAGCUUUGUCUGCCAUUGUGCCCGAUGUGGAUGCCUCAAUGGAUGAACGAUUUGAAUUGCUUCAGCAAAGGCCUUAUUUUCCUACUUUUGAUGAGGCUGUUGAAGAUGUUGUCUAUCCAAAGGGGGAUUCAGAUGCAGUUUCCAUUAGUAAGAGAGAUUUUGAUCUACUACUACCUGAGACAUUUAUCAAUGAUACAAUUAUUGACUUCUAUAUCAAGUAUCUAAAGAAUCAGAUUCCACCCAAGGAGAAGCAUAGGUUCCAUUUUUUUAAUAGCUUUUUCUUUCGGAAGCUUGCGGAUCUAGACAAAGAUCCAUCUAGUGCUUCAGAUGGUAGGGCUGCUUUUUUACGUGUUCAUAAAUGGACAAGGAAAGUGGAUAUGUUUGGAAAAGACUAUGUUUUCAUUCCUGUAAAUUUCAAUCUUCACUGGAGUUUAUUGGUAAUAUGUCAUCCUGGUGAAGUUGCCAGCUUCAAAGAUGAAGACUUGGGGAAAUCCCUGAGAGUACCAUGCAUAUUGCACAUGGAUUCUAUUAAAGGAACUCAUGCAGGUCUCAAAAACCUUGUUCAAAGUUAUCUAUGGGAAGAGUGGAAAUCGAGGCAAAAGGAGGCAUCAGAAGAUUUAUCUUCAAAAUUUUUGAAUUUGCGGUUUGUCCCACUUGAGUUGCCACAGCAGGAAAAUUCCUUUGAUUGCGGCCUGUUUCUGCUGCACUACCUGGAGCUAUUUUUGGCUGAUGCCCCUUUGAAUUUCAGCCCAUUUAAAAUAAAUGAAUUCUCCAAGUUUCUUAACGUCGAUUGGUUUCCCCCUGCUGAGGCAUCUCUGAAGCGCACUCUUAUCCAGAGGUUAAUUUCUGAGCUCCUUGAAAAUCGCCCCCGGGAACUCUCUUCUGGUGAUUGUAGUGAUGACCCAGAGUGUAGUUUUCCAGAAAAUAGUGAGAAAGAAACUAGAGUCCAGUUUGUUUCAGAGGGAUGCACUCGGGCUGUAGCUUGUCAUGGGAAUUUAUCAACUUCUGAUGCCAGUCAAGGGAUUGAAAUCACUCUGUUGGAAGCAUCUUCUGCAAGGAAUUCUGAUUGUCUUAAUGACCCAGGCUUGGUUCUAAGGGAAUUCUUUGAGCCUGGAGUUGCUGCAGGGCCAUUGCUUGCACAUUGUUCGUCUUUUGACCAGCCAUCUUAUUACCGUCUUAAUGGUGCUAUGUCACAAGAGAUGGAGCAGGAUCAUGCAGAAGCUGACGAGCCAUUUGUGUAUUUCCCAUCUGGAGACGUUAUUUUUCAACAAAUUGCUGGUAUAACACCUCAAGCUGGUUCUAUUCCAAAUGCACCAAGUAGUUUUGGCACUGAUCCUUCUUGGAAUCCAGGAAUUUCUAUGCAAGGAGAGAAUGAUAAGUCAUCCCCAGAAACAUGUGCCACUGAUGAUUCUGAUGUAGGAAUUAUUGAAAAUUGCCCCGUUGAGAAAGAUUUGGAUUUGUGUCAAAAAGAGAAAAUCGAUCAACAAAGAUCCCAAUCAGUGGAAAACCUAGAGUGUUUGACAGAAAAAAUUGCUGUGAGCUCUGGUGAGAUGCUGGAGAACGCUGCUAUUAGAAGUAAUGAAGACCCUGAUAGGAUGCAUGAUGCCAAUGAGAAUGGCGAUCUUGCCUGGUGUCAGGAAAAUCCAACUUCAUUGCGUAAAGACACUGACAUGGUAGAAAAUGGAUUGCAUCAAGACUCAGAAAAAGCAGAGAUCAUGGGGGGUGAUGUGCAAACUAUGUGUGAUGAUGUGAUGGCAGAAUCAGAUGAGAAGCAAAUGAUCCAGGUUAAUGUGAUGGCAGAAUCAGAUGAGAAGCGAAGAAUGGAGGAGUAUGUGAUGGCAGAAUCAGAACAGCAAACUGCAAAAAGGCAUCGGGUUACUCCUCCUGAAGAAGGGGAGGGAGAUGUCACUGGAAGCCUUUCUAGGGAGCUUCAUUUGUAAUUUUGUAGGUAGAUGGAGCUCUCGUCGUAGAUUUUAUUAACGUAAUUGUAAACUUGGAUCUCACUAGAUGUUGAUAUGCCAUUCUGUGAAUAUCUCAUGGCCCAUAUCUUAACUAUCAUUAGCUUGGAUGGUCUUGUAGGGGGAAAAGGGGAAAUUGCACAACUUCAUGUGCUAAUAAUUAAGCGAUCAAAAUAUUUUUUGGGCCCAGCAAGGGAAUCAAUUUCUUC